CUACUAUUAUAUCAUGCAGCAGUCUCCACACUGAGCCGCAAGCUUCAAAAUCGACCUUAGUUGCCGGUAACUUACGGAGGAUAGUCGCUUUGCAUUGAAUUUUACAAAAAAAACCAAAUCUCAAAAUGUCGGACAUCGAAGAAGAUCCAAUAACCGAGGAAGAAGCAUCACAAGAACAAUUGGAGCCACCCCAGAAGGCAGUACCAAGGCAUUCAUCAGCGUCUAUCACUCCACCCAAGUUACCAGAUGGCGAGAAAGUUGAUUUGGAUGAAAUUGCGCGCAAACGUCAUCAAAAAGAUCUCGAAGAAUUGCAGGGACUCAUCAAUGCACAUUUUGAGCAAAGAAGAGCCGAAGAAGAGGAAUUAGAAGAACUGAGAUUGAAAUUGGAGAAGAGGAAGGAAGAAAGAGCUGAAAGGUUGAGAAUCCGCCAAGAAAAGGAAAAAGAGCGUGUGGCGAAAGAAAGGGAAGAGAGAAAACAGAGAGAAGAAGAAGAAGAGAAAAAGAGACAAGAAGAGGAAGAAAAGAAGAAGCAAGCAAUCGCCAACAUGUCUCUUCAUUACGGUGGAUACCUGGCCAGAGCUGAGAAGAACAAACCAAAUAAGAGACAAACUGAGAGAGAGAAAAAGAAGAAAAUUCUUGCGGACAGGAAAAAACCACUCAACAUUGAGCAUCUCAGCACUGAUAAAUUACGAGACAAGGCCCAAGAACUGUGGGAAAGCUUAUAUGCAUUGGAAGAAGAAAAAAUUGAUGCGGAAUGGAGGAUAGAACGACAAAAAUAUGAUCUCAACCAGCUCCGCCAACGGGUAAACGAGUACAUGGGAAAAUACUCGAAAAACAAGAGCAAGGUGAAGAUCGCCGGACACAGCGGAGUCGCAAAAACAGCAAGUGCAUUCAAGCAGUGACGUCACUAAUUUGCCCUUUUUACUACUUACAAUAUAUGUUAACAACAUUGUUGUGUUUCCUAUGAUCAUAUGAUUCAUUAUAUUAUGUCCAACCACCCAGUACUUAUUUUUGGUUUGAAAUUUUCAACUCGUUUAUAAAUCGAAUAAAAUAAAGUAUACAAUUA